AUGCAUUUCCACCAGAAGUUUCGCAAGCUGAAUUUUAUGACACUGCUGUUAAGGGUUGAUGUAGUUGAUGGAUUGUUUAAGGGCUACAAUGUGACAAUAUUAGCUUAUGGUCAGACUGGCUCCGGAAAAACUCAUUCCAUGGGCAUGGCUUAUUCAGUUGGACCAGUCGAGGAGAUGGGUGUUAUACCAAGAGCAGUAUCAUUUAUGGAAUUAUAUCAAGAACAAUUAUUUGAUCUUUUAUCAAAAUCAAAUAGAGAUCAAAGUAUAGUUGAUAUCAGAGAAGAUCAACAAAAAAGAAUUGUAAUUCCUGGAUUAACCGAAAUUGAAGUACGUAAUGCAAAAGAUACAUUAGAUUGUUUAGUUAGAGGAUAUCGUCGCAGAGCUGUAGGUGCAACUGCAAUGAACAGUCAAUCCAGUAGAAGUCAUGCAAUAUUCACUAUCCAUAUACAACAGCGAAAAAUCAGCGAUAAGUAA